GACAUUGACGUUUCAUUUAAUUUUGUAAACAUAACCAAGAGGGACGAGGUUUCCGUGUAAAGUUCCAAAUGGUUCGGAAUUUGUAGCUAUUAGUGAAUUAAAUUGAGUAGUAGUUGAGUAAAUUAAAUUAAGUGCGAUGACAUCAGAGAAGCUAGAGUACGAUUCUGCAAUCGGAGGCCACGUGCCCAUUCCCGAUGCCAUUCAAACUUACCAUUAUGCCGCGGAGCGUGCCGACGAGGUCCGCAAACUCAUCAAUGAAAUCCAAAAUCCGAGCAAUACAAAGUUGGCAUUCCAAACGCUGCCUAAACACAUGCGGCGGCGAGCGAUGUCUCACCACCCUAAGCGGCUGCCCAGACGCUAUCGAGGCAUACACGAAUCACAAAUGUCCAAAGCUGGAAAUCCUCAAUCUACGAAGCGACCCUCCCGGAAGUUUCGGCGGAAACCCAGCAAUCUCCUGAAGGAAUACAUUAGGCGGCAGCAGAAGAACAUUUGGCUGGAGACACAUAUUUGGCAUGCGAAGCGGUUUCAUAUGAUUCCCAAGUGGGGGUACAAACUGCCGCUGGCUUCGUGCGCGAAGACCUUCCGAGCUAGUUAUCGGGCGUCCUCGAGCCAUUGCUUAAUCCAGGACGUUUCGUAUUUGGGUUGUCUAGAAGUAAAAGGUCCGCUGGACGAUUUAAAAGUUGGAUUUGAUAAGAUGACGAACUCCAAGUGUGGUUUGGGGAUCACGGCGAAACUGUACACAAGCGGAAAGCGAGAAGGCACCGUUCACCUUUUUAAGGCCGGACAGUACCCACAUGGAGCUCUGGGCACCAUCAGCUUCAUCUGGAAGCCCAUGGAGAGUUUUCUCGAAAUCUCCCGGACAUUGUGGAUAUUCGCCCACCCGUCGAUUUACAGGGAAGUAGCCAAGGAACUCAUUUCGGUUUUCCGAUUGGCCAGCGACCAAAACCAGGUAAUGGAGGAAGACGCGGACGGACAAACAAGGACGAUAACGAAGACAGUCGCUUACGCGCGGUGCCCUAGCUACAGCAACGCUGAUACAAAUAUUUCUCUAACUGAACUGAAAGACACACUGAACCGGUAUCGGCUCACAGGUCCCCUUUCGCAGUCUGUGUUGGUCUCGGCAAUGAAAUGCAAGGGCUUGCGACCCAACGAGCCGGAAAACUGGUUCAAGGAGUUGCAAAACAACGAAAAGCUUAGUAAAGCCCAUCAGCUGCAAACAGAGUUCUGGGACGACUGCAAAGGCAUUACCUCGCCUGCAAUGCUCAUUCCGAAUAUGGUGCUCGGUCUAAACAUCGAAGAUCCUCGGCUAAACCGACCCAAAAAACGCACUAAAGCUUUACCAGAGUUACAACCAGUCAACCGAAGCAUGUUCUUGGCCCUUCCUGAGGAUCUCGCACUUAGUUUCAUUUGGGAUUCUGAUACUCGUACAAACCUCACUAAGACGAUGCUCUCUAACCACGAAUUCUGCAAAAAACGGAGCGAGGACGCCAUUAUCCCUGGGGACCGCUGUCGCUUCGAAGAUGAAAUGCAACCCGUUCCCAUUCUACUUAUCCAGCGUCCAGGGUCGCAAAAUAAUUUCUACAAGAAGUUAGGCUACGGUUGUGGCUGGGACGUGAUUGUGCCGUCUGGUUACGGAAUGCCACUCUGGCUUUGCUUGAUUAUGUGGGGAGCUCGUCCAGGUGGGCUGCGGGAGAUGAACUCUAUCGCAAAGGAGUCGGGGAACGAUGAAAAUCUUCCCGAUACGCUGAUUGCUCGCAAGGAACGCGCCGAGAAAUUUCGCGAACUUCGUGACAAAUACUUUCGCUUGCCGCCAAAUAAACGAGUCAAUUAUCGACGGCUGGGGAUUGCAAGUCCUUUUGAAUGUUCGUUUAAAAAACUAGUCAGCGAAUGGAGAAUGCCCCCGUCAGCGGGCACUGAAGACUUUCACGUUCUGCGCGAGAAACAGUUGCUUGAUGACAUCGCGACAGCUUUACAUCGCAACCAGAACCUUCCUAACCUUCCUGAAGACUGCCUUGUUCCGAUCUAUUUGAAAAUGAAAAGUCGCGGCAAUCCCGGUGACUUCUCGGUGAUUUGUUUGCCCAAAAGUCGUGAUCUGAAGCACGCCCUCAAGCAACAGAAAUUCUUCAAUAAGAAGCCUGUUCACGUGGAACCACUGCAUAACGAUUGCAAUGAAAACACGAGGAAGAAGCUACGAAAGGAACACAAGAAGCUGCUGAAGAGACUACGAAAUCGUCGUGUUCGCGAAAAGAGGCGGAAGCAGGAAACCAGCGAUAAACGCAUAAAAAUCCGCCCACCUGGCACAAGUGCAAUAGUUGCGGAACAAUUCAAGAAAAUGUGUGAACUGUGGCUUCCGAACGCACAGAGCUCGAUACGAUACCAGUGCUCGCGGGAGGUGUUUGGGUACGUGACGCAGAGUAGCUUCAGCUUUACGGAGGCAAAUGUGACGGCCAUCGGGUACAUAACGGCGCAGGGUCUUAAGCGAUUAUUGGCUGUCUGCAAGGGACGAGGCGAGAAAAUGGUGCUCAUUCGUGGAACCAAGUCACGGAACUAUAGAUUGGCUAAUUUUAAGAUAAAUUGUUCUGUUUAAGAGGAUUAUGAGAGAGUUGAGAUGAAUAUAUGAUUGUUACACGUUUUGUA